AUGGCAGCCUUUUCAUCAAACAAUCAGCACCACCCUUUUCUUAUUGACUCAGUUGUUCUGCAACCAAACUCUUCCAUCAUUAAGAUUUGUGAACAGUUAAACAAUGCCAAUACCACUGAAUUUCAUCAGGAUAUCGUCCCUGUCAAUCUUGGCGUUCUUCAAAAUAGAUGCCUUGACCAGAGUACAAAAGUUUCUCCCAGCAAUAAUGAGUCUAAUUCUUCGAUGAGCAUAAAAAACAAGAACAGUAUGGAUCAGUCUUCUUCAGUUUCUGAUAAAUAUGAGAGUAGUGAUCAACAAGUAUCUCAGAAGGUAACUUCCAUGGUGGAAAAGAAGAAGAUAAAACGAAAAUUAACGAGGUCCUCAUCAUACUCUGCUCAAUCCAAGAGUAUGAGAGAAGUGAAAGGAAAGAAGCAAAAGAAUACUGUAGACAAGGAGCAGCCUGGAGAAGAGAAGAAGGCAUCUGAAGAAGAUCCAAAAGGAUAUAUUCAUGUAAGAGCAAGAAGGGGUCAGGCAACUGAUAGCCACAGCCUUGCAGAAAGGGUGAGGAGGGAGAAAAUAAGUGAAAGAAUGAAGGCACUCCAAGCUCUUGUUCCCGGUUGUGAAAAGGUAACUGGAAAGGCCCUCAUGUUGGAUGAAAUUAUCAACUAUGUCCAAUCCCUACAGAAUCAAGUGGAGUUCCUCUCAAUGAAGCUUGCUACAGUGAGUCCCAUGUUCUAUGACUUUGGCGUGGACUUGGAUGCUUUCAUGGUUAGACCUGAUCAGAGUUUAAAUAGCCUGGCAUCAACUCUGCAAACUGUGCAACAAUGCAGCCCACAGUCACCAGUCAUUCAUGAGACAGACACAGCACCCAAUUGCUAUUCUCUUCUGGAUUGUUCAUCCCCACUUCUAUUUCAACAUGCCCAUAUGUCAAAUACUCUCCCACAGGAUAAUGGACAGCUCUUAUGGGAUUUGGAUGAUGACCAAAGACGAAGAAUGAUUAAUGAGAUAGGGUUCAGCAACAACUUGUGUUCAUUUCAUUAA